CGGAUAUUGUAUCUUUGUUAAAGCAAAUACUAAGUUUAAAGCUACUAGACGUAACGUAAACGUAGUAAGGCUCAGUAUGAGCAACACCUUGAUGAGUUUUGUGUGUAGAAGAGCUCCAUCAACGACGGUCCCAAUACUCCGAAGUCCGGUUUUUCUUUGGAGGAGAUACUGUUCACCACCAUCUUCCUCCUCUAAUGCCUCAAAUAGAAAACUUUUUGUUGGAGGAUUAUCAUGGUCAGUCGACGAGAAGUCCUUAUCAGACGCCUUCUCUUCCUUUGGAGAGGUCACUGAAGUGAAGAUAAUAUACGACAAAGACUCCGGUAGGUCUAGAGGCUUUGGAUUUGUUCAAUAUUUGAAGGAAGAUGAUGCCUUAAGUGCAAAAGAUGCCAUGGAUGGAAAGGCAUUGCUGGGUCGACCUUUGAGGAUAACUGUGGCUGUUGACAAAGCUCGUGGCGGACCUGUUGUAGUUCCUCGCCUUUCCAACAUGGCUAAUGGCGCUGGGAAUGAUGCUUGAAUUCUCAUUACAGGAGGGAAAGAUUUCUGAGGUGUGAUAACUAGAAUGUAAUGAUUUCUUAUACAUAAAACUAAGAUGAUCAAAAUGUAUUAUACUUGGCCAAAUUCCUUUAUGUUCCAAUUUUUACACACUUAACUCUCUA